AUGCUGCUGCACAUGAACGCGGACUACCAUCAUGUGCUGGACAACUGCGAGGAAGCCUGGGUUGCGUGGACAAGUCUGAAGACGCUGUACGGUGGGUCGCAGAAGGCAGGACGCAUCUACCUCAAGCGACAACUUUUAAGUAUCAAGAUGGCUGAAGGCGCAAACGUCAUGCAUCACUGCAACGAGGUCCUCAACAUCUCCGCCAAGCUUAGCGGCAUCGGUGCGAAGAUGGAAGACGAAGACGUUGCAAUUUGUCUGCUACUCAGUCUUCUGAAGAGCUACGAAAAUGUGGUGCUCAACAUGGAAAUGAGCAGCACCGAGCUUCGCACUCAAGAUGUGGUGAGAGUCCUGACGAAUGAGCAUGCCAAGCGUCAAGGAGAAAAAGGGACAACGACAGCGACUACGGUGAAGGCUGAAGAUGCAAGCAAGGCAUUCAGAGCCGAGCAUGAGCCCUACCAAUGCACGUAUUGUGGCAAGGUGGGACACACGGUGGAUCGUUGCUGGACAAAGCAGAAGAACGAAGGUCGGGGAGCCCGACGCGGCGGCAAUGGUCGUGGACGCGGGGCUAACAAUGUCCAGUGGGGACAUCAUGAUGAAGGCAAUGGCUACGAUCGAGUGGCGUUUGCAGUCUCGUUCGAAUGUGGAGUUUCGACGAGCAAGGACGUGUCUGGAAUGUGGGCCGUCGACAGUGGUGCAACGCACCACAUUUGCCACGACAAGACCAAGUUCGCAAGUUUGGCAGAGCGCAAUGAGGGCGAACUCUUGGUGGCUGAUGGCAACAAGGUGGCCAUCAAGGGUGUGGGAACCAUCAUGGAAAAGGUGGUUCUGCCCAACGGUGAAGAGCGUGAGAUCGAAAUCAAGAACGCGCUAUAUGUUCCAAGUAUGAGCAAUAACCUGCUCUCGGUACCACAGAUUAACAGCCAUGGCAAGUUUCAAGUCGUGUUUGACGGGUCCAAGAUGUAUGUGAGACUCAAGAACUCACAGCAAGUGGUGGCGACAGCGGAUCUCGUGGAUGGACUCUACUGGCUUCGGACGACUUAA